GAUAAACCGGCACAAAUCCGAAUUUGUUCUUCCUUUAGUACUAACAAAAUAAUGAGAAGUAACUUUACACAUAAUACAUGCAAUAGUAAAAUCAAAUUCAUAAUCUCUGCGUGUCUGCGAAUUUAUAUUUUUGUAGGUAAAUUUUAGUAAUUUAAUUUAGUUCUAAUAAAAACUUUUAAAAACGGAACAUAACUUUGACAUAUGACAUUGUCAAUGUCAAACAAAUUGUAAACAAAAUAAAAAUGACACGAGAAUAACGCGAUCGCGAGGAUGAUAAGAACACUUCUUAAAGUAGUAUUUUUCAUUUAUUUUAUACAUUUUACUGUAUAGGUUUAGUUUUUUGUUCCACUUAGAUAAUAUGUCUGUAUUAAUUUCUUCAAAUUAUAUCGAAACUGUUGUAAAUGACGUAGCCGUUGCCUGCUAUUUAAAGGAAUGGAGUUACAUAGAAGAAAGUUUAGACGCGAAAGCCCAGAACUAUUUUGGCGUUCUUAUUCCAAUAUCUUUAGAGGGGAAAAUAAAUAACGAAAAUGUAUCUUUAAAAUUAAUGUUGAAAUUAGCACCGACGGAUGACAGAUACCGUGUUAGCGGGGCAGUGACAGCUAUGUUUGCGCGGGAAAUAUUUGUAUAUUCGAAAGUUUUUUCAAAAUAUCAAGACUUACAAAAAUGUUUACAAUCUCAGUAUAUUAUACCAAAAUGUUAUUAUGUAUGCAAGGACUAUUGUAAAGAAGCUUUAGCAAUUCAAAACAUGUGUGAAAGCGGUUACUUACCAUUUAUUCACAGUAUGUUUUUGGAUGUCGACCAUUUGAUUGUGUCUUUGAAAAGUCUUGCAAAGUUUCAUGCUCUAUCUUUUGUUAUGGAAUUUAAGGAAACUGAAUUAUUUGCUGAGCAUUUAAAACAGAAUUGUACAAAAUAUAUAGAGGAUGUGUAUUCAUCGUCUGAAAGGAACUGUUUAUGUCAUGGAGAUAUUUGGAAAGAAAAUAUACUUUACAAAUAUGAGGACAACAAACCAGUGUCUGCUUGCUUAAUAGACUUUCAAACUGCAAGAAUAAGUAGCCCCGCUUUUGAUGUGUUAUAUUUAAUAACAAGUAGUGCUAAUAGUAAACUGAGACAAAAACAUUUUGUAUCCCUUAUUGAGAUUUACUAUAGUACAUUGUUGGAGUUUUUCAAGGAUGCCAACUUUGAAAAUGUGUACAGCCAUAGACAAUUGGAGAAAGACCUAAAGACAGUUGGACCUGCUUGCUUUAUAGUUGCAAAUACAGCUCUAUGGUUGUCAAGUGGAUUGCAACAAGAGGGCCAUGUGCGAAGCAAGAAAAUUUUACAGAGCGAAUUUGAGAUAGCAAUGGCCGUUGAUAAUUAUAAAGCUAUAAUAAAGGGAAUUUUAGAUGAUUUUAUUGGUUAUGGAUAUUUACCAGAGAUAUUAAGUUAAUUUAACUUAUUUUAAAUAAAAUUAAUACGAAUAAAUGUUUGAAAAACAGCCUUU